GUCCAUUGAAUCGCGCGGGCGGCCGGCGGCGAGCGCGGGGCUGCGCCGGGAUCGCUGCGCCCUCCGCCGCUGGCCUCUGCGACGCGCGCCGCUCGCCCGAGCCACCCGCCGCCGCGCCGGCUCCCCGCGCCGCUGCGCUCCUCGCCCCGCGCCUGCCCCCAGGAUGGUCCGCGCGAGGCACCAGCCGGGUGGGCUUUGCCUCCUGCUGCUGCUGCUCUGCCAGUUCAUGGAGGACCGCAGUGCCCAGGCUGGGAACUGCUGGCUCCGUCAAGCAAAGAACGGCCGCUGCCAGGUCCUGUACAAGACCGAACUGAGCAAGGAGGAGUGCUGCAGCACCGGCCGUCUGAGCACCUCGUGGACCGAGGAGGACGUGAAUGACAACACACUCUUCAAGUGGAUGAUUUUCAACGGGGGCGCCCCGAACUGCAUCCCCUGUAAAGAAACGUGUGAGAACGUGGACUGUGGACCUGGGAAAAAAUGCCGAAUGAACAAGAAGAACAAACCCCGCUGCGUCUGCGCCCCAGAUUGUUCCAACAUCACUUGGAAGGGUCCAGUCUGCGGGCUGGAUGGGAAAACCUACCGCAAUGAAUGCGCACUCCUAAAGGCAAGAUGUAAAGAGCAGCCAGAACUGGAAGUCCAGUACCAAGGCAGAUGUAAAAAGACUUGUCGGGAUGUUUUCUGUCCAGGCAGCUCCACAUGUGUGGUGGACCAGACCAAUAAUGCCUACUGUGUGACCUGUAAUCGGAUUUGCCCAGAGCCCACUUCCUCUGAGCAAUAUCUCUGUGGGAAUGAUGGAGUCACCUACUCCAGUGCCUGCCACCUGAGAAAGGCUACCUGCCUGCUGGGCAGAUCUAUUGGAUUAGCCUAUGAGGGAAAGUGUAUCAAAGCAAAGUCCUGUGAAGAUAUCCAGUGCACUGGUGGGAAAAAAUGUUUAUGGGAUUUCAAGGUUGGGAGAGGCCGGUGUUCCCUCUGUGAUGAGCUGUGCCCUGACAGUAAGUCGGAUGAGCCUGUCUGUGCCAGUGACAAUGCCACUUAUGCCAGCGAGUGUGCCAUGAAGGAAGCUGCCUGCUCCUCAGGUGUGCUGCUGGAAGUAAAGCACUCCGGAUCUUGCAACUGAAUCUGCCCGUAAAACCUGAGCCAUUGAUUCUUCAGAACUUUCUGCAGUUUUUGACUUCAUAGAUUAUGCUUUAAAAAAAUUUUUUUAACUUAUUGCAUAACAGCAGAUGCCAAAAACAAAAAAAGCAUCUCACUGCAAGUCACAUAAAAAUGCAACGCUGUAAUAUGGCUGUAUCAGAGGGCUUUGAAAACAUACACUGAGCUGCUUCUGCGCUGUUGUUGUCCGUAUUUAAACAACAGCUCCCCUGUAUUCCCCCAUCUAGCCAUUUCGGAAGACACUGAGGAAGAGGAGGAAGAUGAAGACCAGGACUACAGCUUUCCUAUAUCUUCUAUUCUAGAGUGGUAAACUCUCUACAAGUGUUCAGUGUUGACAUAGCCUUUGGGCAAAAAAAAAAAAAGAAAAAGAAAAAGAAAAAAAGAAAAAUAUAUUGUCCAUACUGUAAAUAAGUGUAUGCUUAUUUAUUUGGGGGGAAAACUAUACAUUAAAGGACCUUUGUCCUAAAUCUCUCUCCCAGGCCAUCUUGUUACUCAUUGGACAUGGAGAGGCAUUCAUUGUGAGGUCUACUGGAUGAGGCCCAUAGUUGAGACUUGUAGACAUUUAUUUAUACUGUGUCAUGUUUUAUAAUUUAUACAUAAAAUGUCUGGUUGACUGUAUACCUUGUUUUUGAAGAAAUUUAUUCGUGAAAGGAAGAGCAGUUGUUAUUUAUUGUGAGGUUUCUUGCUUGUAAAGUAAAAGCUUUUUUUCCUUGUAAACCAUUUAAGUCCAUUCCUUACUAUUCACUCACUCAUCUGUCUCCCUUCAUUUCACUGUUAGACUCUUUCCCACUUUCAACAAACUUGCAUGUCAGUUUCUGUCAUGUUUAUUUAUUGGAUUCUCUGCUGCCUGAUCUGUACAUACAUGAUCCCUCGGGUUUUGUUUACAAGGAACCUUGACUGACCAAAAGGCAUUAUAACUCUGACUCAAAUACAAGGUACAGAAGAUAAGCAUCUUUGAGGAAACUCCUACUUCAGUUCUUUUGUUAUGACGAAGACAUUUGUGAGAGAGGAGAUGAUUAGAAUUCUAGUAAUGUACUUUUAAGAUGUUACAGAUACAAAGAAAUGAUGUGGGUGUCAGGAGACUAAAGGAUGUUGAAGGCUACACAUUCAACCUUUUGUUAGGUGUUUCCUUUAAGCUACUCAGCUGUACCUUUUAAAUUAGUUCUUUUUCAACCAAUGUGUCACUAAAAGUUAUAUCAAAGCUUUAUCAGUUCAAGUUUCUUGCUUUUCAUAAUACUUUUUUCUGAUGCAAUUUUAUAUUUUCAAACAUGGCAAGUUAAAAUAUAAAUUCAUUUAAAUAUAUAGUUUUGUACUUUUCUACCAUGUAAAUGUGCAAUGUAUAUAAAAGUUAUAAUGUGUAUUUGUAAAUAAAUGAUGAGUGAAAAAAUAAAAAAAUUUUAAAAAGCCAA